CUCAGUUCAAUAUACUCAAUUAGAACAUGGAACAAUACGCGAUCGCAGCCACAGUCAAGGCAUCAAGUUCAUAUCCUCAAAAAUGAGAUGGCAGUCGAAGAACAAUACUAAGCCGCCCUUCACCUGAGACAGAAACACCUUUCACAAAAUGCAUGUCGCACAUUUUUUCAUCCAGACAUCACAAAAACACUUUCACCGGGGCCAUUUCAAACCACACGACUACCCUCUCCCAAUCGCAUUGCCGUCUUUAGAGUCAAGCCCAAGUUUACACCAUGUCCAAGACAUAUGGUCUAGGCUGGUUCUGGGUGGACUCUCUUUCUUGAUUUGUCACAUCCUCAUCCUUUGUAUUGUUCUCUAUUUCUCCUUUUGCGAGUGGCUUGGUCUUUCUUCGCGCAUUGUUCAAGAAUAAUCUGCUGCUGGACAAUUCUCGAAAUUGCCUGAUAUUCUUCGGCUCGGAUUCUUCUUGGAUUGUCGCUGUAGGAUUGUCCCUGUCCGCUGCCGAGU